UUUUAUUGGUCCAAAACUGGCUUCACUGCUCUCCAUUCAAAUCAACGUGGUGGCUUCGUCCAGUAAUAUACUGUCUAUGCUUCUUCCCCAACACUCACUUAAAGAGUCGUUCAGUUAAAUCCUUUGAAAGGAAAUACAAGUAUCUGGUUAUGACAAAAAUUGAAACUUGAUAUAUGCAACUUGAUAAAUAGAACAAAAACUAUACACACUGACUGUGCAGUUAUUUGCAGAAAGUGGUUGUAGUGUCAGUGUGUCUUGUUUUUCAAUGAAGAGUGACUAGAUUAAAAUAAUGUCCAUAUAUUUGGCAAGAGAAAAAAAAUUAAAAUAUGUCUAGUUGUUUACCUAACCAUAAAAAAUACUAAUCAAUGGUUAUUGUCACUUUAAAAAAUGUAAAUUACUAAUGCAAUUUACAACAAGACAUAAACAGCUUCUACAGUUUUUCCACCUCAACAACUUUAUUUGGCCUCAUACUACAAAUUCUUGUACAAGAAGUUGGAGUGAGGCAAAUGGGGAGAAACUGUUCAUUUUGAGAACAGUUGAUCUGGAGCUAACACUGUGAUAGUACUCAACAUCUUUCUGAUUUUAUCCUCCCUGCUGCUGAGUCUCCAUCACUAAAAAACGAUAAAGAUGAAGAUGUGGGAGGUGACGGGUUAUUCUAACAGACAAAACCCCAGCAUGUCUGUCCUCCAAGGUGUCUUCUCUCAGGUCCUCAGCUGGACGGGCCUCUGUCAGGUGCUGUUUGUGGUCAGUACUGGACUAGGAGCUGUGGUUAUCUGUUGGACAGUGAGGCUGUUGAUGCGACACGCCUGGUACACACACAGGCUGUCCUGCUUCAGCAAGCCACAUGCAAACUCCUGGCUUUUAGGCCACCUAGGCCAGAUGCAGAGCACAGAAGAAGGUCUCCUGCAGGUGGAUGACUUGGUGAGGACAUACGAACACUCUUGCAGCUGGUUCAUUGGCCCUUUCUAUCACAUAGUCAGACUCUUCCACCCUGACUACGUCAAACCUCUGUUAAUGGCCCCUGCCAGCAUUACAGUGAAAGAUGAGCUUAUCUACGGUCAUCUGCGCCCAUGGCUUGGACAGAGCCUGCUGCUAAGCAACGGGGAGGAGUGGUCUCGCAAGAGACGGCUGCUGAGUCCUGCUUUUCAUUUCGAUAUUCUGAAGAACUACGUCGCAAAGUUUAACACCUCAACUAACACCAUGCAUAAUAAGUGGCGCAACCUGUUGGCAGGAGGCAGGGCUAACAUAGAGAUGUUUGACCAUGUCACCCUGAUGACAUUGGACAGUUUACUGAAAUGUGCCUUCAGCUACAACAGCAACUGUCAGCAGUCUACCAGUGAGUAUGUGUCGGCCAUAGUGGAGUUGAGUGACCUGAUCAUAGACCGUCGGCAAAAGAUUUUACACCACUGGGAAUGGAUCUACUGGAAAACACAGCAGGGAAAACGAUUCAAAAAGGCCUUGAGCAUUGUACACAGGUUUACCAGGGAAGUGGUUCAGAGGCGGCGUGCCCUGCUCAGCCGACAGAGAGAGACAGAAAUAGAUUUCACUACAGCGCCGCAGAGAAAGAAAGAUUUUGUGGACAUCAUACUGCUUUCACGGGAUGAGGAUGGACGAGGACUAACAGAUGAGGAAAUACAGGCUGAGGCCAACACCUUCAUGUUCGCAGGUCAUGACACAACAGCCAGUGCUAUUUGCUGGACGCUGUAUAAUUUAGCACGCCACGAACACUAUCAGGAGAAAUGCAGGCAGGAAGUGAUGGAUCUGAUGCAAGGACGAGAUAGACAUGAAAUAGAGUGGGAGGAUCUGUCCCGCCUUCCCUUCACCACCAUGUGCAUCAGAGAGUCUCUCCGACUCCAUUCUCCUGUGCAGGCUGUAACAAGGAAGUACACCCAGGACAUGGCACUGCCAGGGGAUUGCACAGUACCACAGGGUGCCAUCUGUUUGGUCAGUAUUUAUGGAACCCACCACCACCCUGCUGUUUGGACAGACCCACAUGAGUUUCUUCCUCUGCGUUUUGACCCUGCAAACACAGAGGGACGGGCUUCUCAUGCCUUCAUCCCCUUUUCCUCAGGCCCCAGGAACUGUAUUGGUCAGAAAUUCGCCCUGGCAGAGCUUCGAGUUGUCGUGGCGUUGACCCUGCUCAGGUUUCGCCUGACCCCGGGAGUGAACCCUGAACUUGGGACCAGCUCUGAAGGAGUUCGCCGGCUCCCCCAACUAGUCCUGCGUGCAGAGGGAGGUUUGUGGCUGCAGCUGGAGUCUCUGAACCUUCACAACCUGGAGGAGUCACAGGAUGAAUAAUCCAACAAGAUGACAUCUGUUUUUAUAACAAUGAGUUCAGUGGAUUUAUGUUUACUGUAUUUUUUCUAAAAUUAUUUGUGACCUCUAUUUUCUACAAAGCAAUUUGUUAGUCUACAUGAUUAUUUUAUUAUAACUUUAAAAAUUGAAUGUGAUAUAAGUGAAUGUACUAUUGCAUAAUGUGAUAUCCAUUUUAUUGUUCAAAUAAAUCCUGAGGUAGAAAAAAAAUGUAUUCCUCAUCCAAACGCUCUGCAGGGAGACAGAGCGACUUUUGAGGUUACAACACAGGUUGUAAAAACAUGAUUAUCUUGCUUGCCCGAGACUAGACUAGGGCCUGAAUUAUUGAAGACAGGUCAAGCUAGGGCCACAUUUUCAGGCCACAGUCUUACACUUAAUGUAAAAUAAAUAAAAGGAAUUACCAUAUUAGCUAGGGGUCUGCGACAUGUGAUUUAAGGACUCUUAAUGAAAAUAUUUCUGUAGGGACUGUGAGAAAUACAUUAUAAGUUGCUGAUUUUUAGGAUUUCACUGUAUUUAACUUGUGAGAAAUUAACAUUGGUCACAGGGUUUUUAUUCCUAAGCAAAAGGUUGUCUGAUUUACAAUAAACAUCUGCUGGCAUGUAGGUGAGAGUUUUAACAUAGACCAAUCAAGAGACAGAGAAACAUCUGAUGCCACAUACAUUUGCAUUUCCUUUCUUAGCUCAGGAAGAGUUUUUGAGUGUAUGCUAAUACUCAUACUCAUCUACCAUUUGCUGGCUGUUGUUUGUUUUGUACUUGUUCUGUACUUAAGGAGAGGAAAUGCUGAGUUCGAGAGAGUAACCCUGCGUUCUCUUCAUGGCCACGUUACAUAAAGAAAUGAUUCAACACA